GGUAAAACAACCGAAUUUCGUCGAAAAUUUGGGUCUCUUCAAUCCGUCCGUUCUCGUUUGCUACUCGUUUUCUCAGCGCUGCGAAUCAAUUUAAAACUUGUAAUUCGUCAGCGCGUGCUUCUGUAUCAAAGGAAGACGAGCCAAACGAGAGGUCUACUAAUCGAAGUCGAUAUUUAUUUUCGCAGCAGCCGUUGCACGACCAGAAGUUCGCAUUUCAAACUCAUAUAAAAAAGACAAUGGGAGACAGAGGAUACGGAGGUUCUAGAAGCUAUGGAGGAAGCAGCGGUGGUGGAUCCCGCGGAGGAUAUGGAGGUGGAGGCCGUGGUGGCGGCGGCGGAGGAUACAGCGGUGGUCGUGGUGGUGGAUAUGGAGGAGGUGGCGGUGGAGGCUACGGAGGAGGUGGUUAUGGCGGCGGUGGCCGUGGAGGAGGUCGUGGAGGAUCCAAUGGUUCAGCUGGAGGACGCCUUCGCGAUGUCGACUGGUCUGCCGAGAACCUUACUCCGAUUGAGAAGGAUUUCUAUCACGAGAAUGCAGCCGUAUCCCGCCGUGAGCAGUAUGAGAUUGAUCAAUGGGUAUCAGCAAAUCAAGUUACUCUCGAAGGCCGUGGUGUCCCACGCCCGGUUUUCGAAUUCAACGAGGCACCAUUGCCAGGACAGAUUCACGAGCUUUUGUACGGAAAGUUCCAGAAACCAACAGUUAUUCAGUCAAUCUCCUGGCCGAUUGCCAUGAGCGGACGUGAUAUUAUCUCUAUCGCCAAAACUGGUUCCGGAAAAACACUUGCCUUCAUGCUCCCAGCUCUCGUCCACAUCACAAAACAGGCUCACCGUCAACGCGGAGAAGGACCAGCCGUUCUUGUUUUGCUUCCAACUCGUGAAUUGGCUCAACAAGUUCAAGAAGUAUCAAUCGAUUUCUGCCACUCGUUAGGACUCAAGAUGACCUGUCUCUUCGGAGGAGCAUCCAAAGGACCACAAGCUCGUGAUCUCGAGCGUGGAGUUGAUAUCGUUGUUGCCACUCCGGGACGUCUUCUCGAUUUCCUUGAUAACGGAACUACCAACAUGAAGAAGUGCUCUUACUUGGUUCUUGAUGAAGCCGAUCGUAUGCUUGAUAUGGGUUUCGAACCACAAAUCAAGAAAAUCAUCGGACAGAUUCGCCCAGACAGACAAACACUCAUGUUCUCCGCCACAUGGCCAAAGGAAGUUCGUGCGUUGGCUUCAGAUUUCCAGAAAGACGCUGCUUUCCUCAACGUCGGAUCCCUUGAGCUCGCUGCCAAUCACAACAUCACACAAGUCGUCGAUAUUCUCGAAGAACAUGCAAAGCAAGCCAAACUCAUGGAGCUCCUCAAUCAUAUCAUGAAUCAAAAGGAAUGCAAAACCAUUAUUUUUGUUGAGACAAAGCGGAAAGCCGAUGAAUUGACUCGUGCUAUGCGUCGCGAUGGAUGGCCAACUCUCUGUAUUCACGGUGACAAAAACCAAGGAGAAAGAGACUGGGUUCUUCAAGAAUUCAAAGCAGGAAAAACACCAAUCAUGUUGGCCACCGAUGUUGCCGCGCGUGGAUUGGAUGUCGAUGAUAUCAAAUUCGUGAUCAACUAUGAUUAUCCAAACAACUCUGAAGACUAUGUUCACAGAAUCGGUCGUACUGGUCGUAGUGACAAAAAGGGAACCGCCUACACUUUCUUCACUCAUACAAACGCUUCCAAGGCAAAGGAUCUGUUGAAGGUUCUCGAUGAGGCUAAGCAGACUGUUCCACAAGCUCUUCGUGAUAUGGCAAACCGCAGUUACGGAGGUAGCAACUCAAGGGGUCGCUAUGGAGGUGGUGGUUUCCAGAAGAGAGGAUACGGAGGAAACGAUAACUUUGCUCCAAAGAGGCCACGAUAUGACAACGGAGGAUACGGUGGAGGCAGCGGUGGAGGUGGCCGAUGGUAGACGAUCUACAUAUCUUCUCACUCACUUCCGACAUUUAAACGAUAAUUCAGAUCUCGUUCGUUCGGUUUUAAUGGAACUCUGAACUUCUCCUCAUUUUUAUUCUUUUUUACUUUUUACUUUCUUACUCUUUGUUUUUUUGAGCGUUGUGCCCAUAUUUUAUUUUUGUUUUAAUCAGUAACUGUCAUCUCCCUCCAAACUUUUAAUAAUAUCCAUCUAGUUUUAUCAUUGCGUUUUGUGUAACUCGGCUGCAAUGGAAACAGUUUUGUUUCAAAGAUUGUUUCUUUAAUAUAAGAUCUUUUGAAGAAAAUAAAUAUUGAUGUUGAUGGAAAAAAUUGAAAUAUAUUUUUGU